AUGGGAAACAACGGCUUUGAUUGUAAUGCUCUCAGAGGUAUCAAUCCAAAGUGCUCAAUGUCACAGACUUCGGACCCGUCAAUGACAAAAGUCAAGCCGAAGACGUUCUCAAUGACGCAGGGUAGGCCACUUACACAGAAGCCGAAAAUCAGCUCGACACGCAACGCAAAUUCCUUCAAGUUCGCUCUGUUCAAGAACCCUAAAGCCUUGGCCAUUCCUGACGCGUCGCGACAAUCCGUGUUUUCUUUUCAAGCGCAACACCGAACGCAGGCUGAGGGUUCAUCUCAGAAUCGCCUAUCAGCACUAUUUCUUUCAGAUGUCCAAAAACCAUCGAAGGCUCCGGGCAAUAUCCUGCAGGCUCGCGACGUCGGACAGGGGGAGGCACAAGAGGGAAGAAGAGACGCGUCAUCACCGUUGCCGGCCUCACCCAAAUAUGAAGGCCGCGCAUACAUACAUCCAGCAUCGCAUAAAUCGCCGCCAAAUCGUCCCUCAUCGACCACUUCACACAGAGGAACAGAAUUCUCGCCAGAAUAUAGCCGGAAACCCGACGGAACUGCAUCUCUGACCUCGAUUCCAGGCGAGUCGAACGACAAACCGAGUCGUCGACAGUCCCCGGCCCUAUCUGGAGCGCAUACAUCUUCUUCGCCUCCCCCUUCACGCCCCAGCUCGCGGUCUCAAGCAGUUUUUCCGCGAUCAAAAAAUGAAUUAGGUUUCAAUUCGAUUCCAGAUACGUCUCUCAAACCACAAAAAACUCCUCCCAUUGCGAAAAGGGAUGUAAAGCGAGCGUUUAGCGAUCUCCUUGAAACCACCGAUAUGAAGCUUUUUUUGCGGAGUCGAUUGCGCUGCAAACACAAAAUGAGUAUUUAUCUCGGAUGCGCAGUGCGGCCACGAAGGAUCUCAAGUCUGUGCGUGAAGAACUUUCCGCUACAGCAAUUAAGCAUCGCCAAGUCUGACCUUGCCUUAACACGCUCGAAUCUUGCGGAUGCCGUCGCCGAAAUAUCGCCCCUCAAAACCUCCUUAGCAAAUGUUCCAUUCUUGUGA